UUUCUUCAUUAUUUCAUGGUUGCCGACAUGACUUUCCAAAUACGUGUAUUAACCGCAAUAAAUAAAUAGUUCUUAUAAAAAGUAAGAUGACGUGUCAUGUAUUGCUCAUCAAUAAAGUAACGCUUUUUCAUUUUAUUUCCAUUGACCGACACAACAAACAACACGUUCUCUCUCAUUUUUCUUCUUCUCCGAUCAAUCUAGGGUUUACUCUCACCGGCGACGAACAAUGAUCCACCUCCUUUACACAGUGAUCUUCGCCGAAAUGGCACUGAUCCUUCUCCUCCUCUUCAAAACUCCUCUCCGAAAGCUAAUCAUCCUCACCUUCGAUCGAAUCAAACGUGGCCGUGGUCCCGUCGUCGUCAAAACCAUAGGAACCACCGUAUUCGUCGUUCUCUUGUCGAGUAUCUACAGUUUGGUUAAUAUCCAACGCCGAUCUGAAGAUGGUGCUGUUCUUAAUCCCACUGAUCAAGUCCUUGCGUCUAAGCAUCUUCUCGAAGCUUCUCUUAUGGGGUUUGUGUUGUUUCUCUCGCUUAUGAUUGAUAGACUACACCAUUACAUUAGAGAGCUUCGUUUGUUGAGGAAGACAAUGGAGACUGCAAAGAAGCAGAACAGAGGUUUUGAGGAUGGGAAAACCACAAGUGGGGAGGAAGUGAAAGCGCUCGGGGAAGAGAUCGCGGCGUUAAAAGCGAAGAUAAAGACGUUAGAAUCGGAGAGUGAAAGUAAAGGCAAAGAAUUGAAAGGUGCACAAGGUGAAACAGAGGCUUUGAGAAAGCAAGCUGAUGGGUUUCUUAUGGAGUAUGAUAGGUUGCUUGAGGAUAAUCAGAAUUUGAGGAACCAGUUGGAGUCUAUUGGGCAUAGUCCUGAGGGAAAGAAGGGUAUGUAAGAGUAAAAACUAAGGAUUCUGUUUUGUAGAGAACAAAGUAACUAUAGGAAAUGUGGUUUUACUGAUUUUUGCUUCAUGUAAUAUGCAAUAUCGUCUCCUCUUUUGAAUGUAUUUUACUAUUAUAUUGCAAUCUAGUAAGUUUGGAACAACAUGAUUCACCUAAGUUUUCCAUUAGAGAAAAUGAGUGCGAACAAAGAGGAAGGAGGUAUGGUAAUGUUUUACAAUCAAGAACACAAGAACA